AUGCCACUAAUCGCGGCGGGCACACGGUAUUCUUUAGUAAAAGGCGAAAGAAUAGUUCGCUCUGUGUCCACCGCGUGGCUGCGUGGGUUUCUUGCGGAUGCCAAACCUGCACUGCUUGGUUGGUGCACUGGAAAAGGAAGUAUGCACAGAAUCUCUUUGAGGUACUAUGAGUUGCCGGUCUGA